UAGCAUCUAAAAAAAAUGCAAGUUUCUUUUUGUUUUUGAACAAAAAAUAUAUCUUUUUUUCUUUGCAUUAAAUUAAAAUAACAGAUAAAAAAAUGAUAUGAUCCAAUCUCAGACCCGUUUAAAUGUAGCGGAUAACAGCGGAGCCCGAGAAUUGAUGUGUAUUCGAAUCAUAGGGACUAGCAAUCGCCGAUAUGCUCAUAUUGGUGACAUUAUUGUUGCUGUGAUCAAGGAAGCAGCACCACAUUCACCUCUAGAAAGAUCAGAAGUAAUCAGAUCUGUAAUUGUACGUACUUGUAAAGAACUGAAACAUGAUAACGGUAUGAUAAUACGAUAUGAUGACAAUGCUGCGGUUGUCAUUGAUCAAGAAGGAAAUCCAAAAGGAACUCGAAUUUUUGGUGCAAUCGCCCGAGAAUUGAGACAGUUAAAUUUUACUAAAAUAAUUUUAUUAGCGCCUGAAGUAUUAUAAGAUAAAAAAAUAGAAAAUAGAAGAUAUACCAUUUAAGAUUUAAGAUUAAGAUGAGACCGUGAUUUUGAAUAAAAAUGAAAUAGAAUUUCAUUAAUAAAUAAUAAAUUAUGUUUCACGCAUAUACCUUUAAUAAAAUUAAGUAAUUCAUAAAAAAAAAAAGAGUAUGUUGAUUAUAUCAAAACUAGAAAGAAAUAAAAAAUUUCGUUUAUCAUGGGCAGGGAUCCUAUUGCUGACAUAAUAACCUAUAUACGAAAUGCUGACAUGAAUAGAAAAGGAACCGUUCGACUAGCAUCCACUAACAUCACCGAAAACAUUAUUAAAAUACUUUUACGAGAAGGUUUUAUUGAAAAUGUCAGGAAACACCAGGAAGGCAACAAAAAUUUUUUGGUUUUAACCCUACGACAUAGAAGAAAAAGGAAAGGGCCAUAUAGAACUAGUCUAAAUUUAAAACGGAUCAGCCGACCUGGUCUACGAAUCUAUUCUAACUAUCAAAAAAUUCCUAGAAUUUUGGGCGGAAUGGGUAUUGUAAUUAUUUCGACUUCUCGGGGUAUAAUGACCGACCGAGAAGCUCGACUAGAAAGAAUCGGGGGGGAAAUCUUGUGUUAUAUAUGGUAAUCUUUCGAAUAUCCGAAUUGUAUCCCAACCUCUUAUUUGUGAAAAAAAAAAAGAAGUUUUUAAUAUAAUUCCUCGUACAUUAAUUGAUACUUGAAGAGAAUUUUAGUUAGAUAAUGAAGAUCUGCUUUUAGAUUAUGUUUCAGUAAAGAUCCAACGCAGUUUAUACUUAUACUGCCCCGAAAUAGUGUUUAGUG